AUGGUGAGGGAACCUGGGUCCAGGCGGCAGAUGGUGAGGGAUCAGGGUCCAGGGGCAGAUGGUGAGGGAACGGGGUCCAGGCGGCAGAUGGUGAAGGAUCAGGGUUCAGGGGCAGACGGUGAAGGAUCAGGGUCCAGGGGCAGAUGGGGAGGGAUCAGGAUCCAGGGGAAGAUGAGGGUGUUGGAUAAUCACAUGAUGAAUAAGAACGACUCCACCUGCCACCCAGAGAACGAGGAGCUCCGGUCAGGCAUGAGGAGCUCCAACAUGGUGAUCCUCUCUCUACUCCUCUGCCUGAUCCUCCUGGGGACAGGAUCCGGCCAUGGAGGACCCACGCUGGGCACGCGGUACGGGGAUCUACGGGGGGUCACGGUGGCGGUGAGGGACACCCCCGGGACCGUUGACGCAUUCUUCGGAGUUCCCUUUGCGAAGCCUCCAGUUGGCCCGUUGAGAUUUGCCAAUCCGGAACCGCCUGAAGGAGGGAGGGAUUGUAUGGGGAGGGAUUGUAUUCAUGGUAUCUGUGACUUCCAGGUGAUGGUCUUCAUACACGGCGGCGGACUCGUGAUCGGAGGGGCGAGUCUGUUUGAAGGAUCCGCUCUAAGCGUCUAUGAGAACGUGGUGGUUGUGACCGUCCAGUACAGACUGGGAGUACUGGGAUUCUUCAGCACCGGAGAUGAGAAGGUUCCGGGGAACUUCGGGGUGCUGGAUCAGGUGGCCGCUCUGCGGUGGGUUCAGGAAAACAUCCGGGGUUUUGGCGGUGACCCCGAGUCAGUCAUCAUAAUUGGCCAGUCAGCUGGCGCUCUCACCGUUUCCACUUUGGUUCUGUCCCCCAUGUCUGAGGGUCUCUUCCACAGAGCCAUCGCUGAGAGCGGAGUGCCGACUCUGCCGGGAUUUGCCGCCAACACGCCGGAAGAUCUCCUUUUUUAUAACAAUCCGCUGAUAUCGUUGCCUCUCUUCGUGGACGGCCAAUUGUUGCCGCGUCCGGUGGAGGACAUACUGGUCGCCGGGGAGAUGAACGCCGUUCCCUUCAUGAUGGGGAUCAGCGAGCAGGAAUUUGGGUGGAUGAUCCCGCAGUCUGUGAAUGUGACGGGAUUGGCUGAUGGAAUGGACAGAGAAACGGCAGAACGCAACUUGCGCAGCUUCCCGCAACUGAGUUUGGGGUCCGAUGUUCUUCCUCUGGUAAUGGAGGAGUAUUUUGAGGAUGUGACCGACCCCCUCCAGAUCCGGGACCGCUUCCUGGACAUGUGCGGUGAUUUGGUUUUUGUUAUCCCAGCCCUGAAGUUUGCUCGGCAUUACAGAGACUCCGGACUUCCUGUCUUCUUCUACGAGUUUCAGCAUCGUCCUUCCUUAUUCCGUGACACCAAGCCGGCUUUCGUCAGGGCGGACCACGGCGACGAGCUCCUCUAUGUGUUCGGGGGACCGUUUCUAACUGACGGACAAAUAUUCAGCAGUAACUUCACCGAAGAAGAGAAGAUUCUGAGCAAAGUCGUGAUGAAAUAUUGGGCCAACUUUGCCCGCGACGGGGACCCGAACGGGCCAGGGCUGGAGCGAUGGCCGCGGUACGAGGAGGACGAAGGUUACCUGGAGCUCGGCACGAAGCAGAAAGCGUCUGUGAGGCUGAAGGGGAAACGUCUCCAGUUCUGGACGGAGAUCCUCCCCCAAAAACUGCGAAUGUCUCAGCAAGAGCGCGAAGAGCUGUAAAUGGA